CUGGGAACGGCGUCUGCUCAGGACUAUCUGGGUGGAAGCUCAGACAGACGCCGCGGCCAUCCGUCAGACGCCCGCUGCUGUCGACCCGUCCUAGACAGACGGUUUCUCUGGAUAGCUGUCGAUGGAUGGCCAGAUUUCUUCAGAGCUGCGAGUUGAGAAAGAGGUUCAUAAAGGAGACGUGAUUUCUGUCGGCUCCAUCAAGUAUAAUCAGAAGAACCUUCUGGGAAAAGGAGGCUUUGGGACGGCUGUUUAUCAGGGACAGUGCGGAAAGCGGGAAAAUGUGGCAGUGAAACGUAUACCCUACUUCGAUAAAGAAGAAGACUUCAUUGAAAAAGAAAUCAAGCACCUUCAAAAACUAGAAGAAGAUGGCAUCAAUGUCAUCAGGUACUACCACGUGGAAAAGUCAGAAAGAUUUUACUUCAUCGCUUUGGAGCUAGCAGUCGGCACAGUGGAAGACUACGUGGAAAGAAAGCAGCACACUUCAAAGAUUGAUGAAAUGGCCAUCCUCCGAGACUCGUCCAUUGCACUUGAAUGGCUACACAGCCAGACUAUCAUUCAUAGGGACAUCAAGCCAUCGAACAUUUUGCUGGUUAAGAACAGGCGAGGUGAAACCGUGGCUAAACUCGCCGACUUUGGCGUAUCCAUGGACCUGACAACAAGCAGAUGGACAAAGAGAGAUACCGUCGGCACUCUGGCAUGGAUGGCUCCGGAGGUGAUUGCGGACGAGCAGGAAAUUCCUGGUGCGGCAGACGUGUUUUCCCUCGGCUUGGUCUUCUUCUACGUCCUCUCCAAAGGAAUACAUCCAUUUUGCAAAACUGCACGGCACGUAAAGAUGAACAUUCGAGAUGCAAAGGCAUGCCUGGAUGGCGUACCGAAGGGCUCCGUGAGGAGCCUGAUCAAAGAAAUGAUUGAGGAAGCACCAGGUGACAGACCAUCAAGCAAGUACGUGGCCGGGCAUCCGACCUUCUGGGAGCCGGAGAAGACGUCACUGUUUUACCAGUCACCGGUCGUCGGCAUCGCGCGGGUCUCAGUCUACGGAGCGCCCUCCGCCUGCCACCAGAUGUAG